AGGGGGAGAGAGAGGGAGAGUGGAGGCGAUGAGAGGAAGCUGCAAUAAACACACAGGGCGUCUGCGCCUAUCUAAGUAGGACAAUAAAGUGGAGGCGGCUUCAAUGCUCUAACCAUGGAUUUAUCAGAUAUGCUUCUUCUCAAUCUUUUCCUCUUCGCGUAUUUACUAAAUUACACCCAAGGACACUACAGAAAUCCCCUGAACAAGUACAUCCGUCACUAUGAAGGUCUGUCCUACGACACUGAGCUUGUGCACAGCAAGCAUCAGAGGGCUAAGAGGGCGCUCUCUCAUGAAGACAAGUUCCUUCAUUUAGAAUUUCAUGCUCAUGGAAGACAUUUCAAUUUACGAAUGAAGAGGGAUACCACCUUGUUUUCCCAAGAUUUAAAGGUAGAUGUUUCAGGAGAAGAGAUGCCGUAUGAUACAUCUCAUAUCUACGCUGGAGAAAUCUAUGGUGAGAAAGGUACCCUGACCCAUGGCUCUAUUGUGGAUGGUCAGUUUGAGGGCUUCAUUCAGAGCUACCAUGGCAUCUACUAUGUGGAGCCUGCUGAGAGAUACUUGGAGGGCAAAAAUGUGCCCUUCCACUCGGUCAUCUACCAUGAAGACGACAUAAACUACCCACACAAGUACGGCCCGGAGGGAGGAUGUGCUGAUAGCUCAGUGUUUGAAAAGAUGAAAAAGUACCAAGCAUCUGCCUUAGAAGAACCACCCAAGGCUCUACAUACUCCAGCGGACUUGAACGACCCUGUCUUGCUGAGGAAGAGGAGGAUGGCCCAAGCGGAGAGAAACACCUGCCAGCUUUUCAUUCAAACUGACCACCUCUUCUACAAGUAUUACAAGACUAGAGAAGCUGUCAUUGCUCAGAUCUCCAGUCACGUCAAGGCCAUCGAUGCCAUCUAUCAGGGAACAGACUUCAUGGGCAUUCGCAACAUCAGUUUCAUGGUGAAAAGGAUCAGGAUAAACACAACCAUUGAUGAGCGGGACAAAUCCAACCCAUUCCGCUUCUCCAACAUUGGCGUGGAGAAGUUCCUGGAGCUCAACUCGGAGCAGAACCAUGACGACUACUGCCUGGCUUAUGUUUUCACUGACAGAGACUUUGAUGAUGGAGUGCUGGGCUUGGCGUGGGUUGGAGCCCCCUCAGGGAGCUCUGGAGGCAUCUGUGAGAAAAGCAAGCUCUACUCAGAUGGAAAGAAGAAGUCGCUCAACACUGGUAUAAUCACUGUACAGAACUAUGCCUCCCAUGUACCUCCCAAAGUCUCCCAUAUCACUUUUGCACAUGAAGUAGGACACAACUUUGGCUCCCCGCACGACUCUGGUUCUGAGUGCACCCCGGGAGAAUCCAAGAGCCAAGACAAGAAGGAGAAGGGAAAUUAUAUCAUGUAUGCGAGAGCUACAUCAGGAGACAAGCUCAACAACAAUAAGUUCUCUAUCUGUAGUGUCCGCAACAUCAGCCAGGUGCUGGAAAAAAAGAGAAACAACUGCUUUGUCGAGUCUGGCCAGCCCAUCUGUGGUAACGGCCUGGUGGAGCCAGGAGAGGAGUGUGACUGCGGUUACAGCGAUCAGUGCAGGGACCAGUGUUGCUAUGACGCCAACCAGCCUGACAAUAAGAAGUGCAAGUUAAAGCCCAACAAAGUCUGCAGUCCCAGCCAGGGUCCAUGUUGUACGCCAGAGUGCAGUUACAAAGGUCGUAAUGACAAGUGCAGAGAGGAGUCAGAGUGUGCUCACCAGGGCAUGUGUAAUGGAGUCAGUGCUCAGUGUCCCACUUCUGAGCCCAAAGCCAACUUCACCGCCUGUCACGGAGAGACUCAAGUGUGCCUCAAUGGGGGCUGUUCGGGAUCCAUCUGUGAGAAAUAUGGGCUGGAGGCGUGCACCUGUGCCAGCCAGGAAGGCAAGGAUGAGACUGAGCUUUGCCAUGUGUGCUGCAUGGAGAAGAUGAAUCCUAACACAUGCAGCAGCACCGGAUCAGAGCGCCUGGCUCGUUUCUUCAACAAAAAAGUGACCACGCUGCCAGCCGGCUCGCCUUGCAACGACUUCAAGGGCUACUGUGAUGUGUUCAUGAAAUGUCGUCUGGUGGAUGCAGACGGUCCACUUGCCAGGCUUAAGAAGGCCAUUUUUAACCCAGAGCUCUAUGAGAACAUUGCAGAGUGGAUUGUGGCUCAUUGGUGGGCAGUGUUGCUGAUGGGUAUUGCCCUCAUCAUGCUCAUGGCAGGUUUUAUUAAGAUCUGCAGUGUGCAUACACCAAGCAGUAACCCCAAACUUCCCCCUCCCAAACCACUUCCAGGCACUUUGAAGCGGCGGCGAGCACAGCAGCACGCUAACUCACAGGUGCAGCACCAGUCUCAGCACCCGCACGGCCACGGCGGGCACGGCGGCCAGCGGCAACCCCAGAGGCAGCCUCAGCGUCAGGCUCAGCCCCAGAGGCACCACCGUCAGCCCAGAGAGAACUAUCAGAUGGGCCAGAUGAGACGCUGAGUCCCCUGCAGCCCCGCAACUCCCCCCGCCUCCCCCAAUGCCUUGGCUCCUCCUUGUGCCUACAGUGGGAAACAAAAGCAUCACUCCAUCCAAAGAAAAGCCUGAUAUAGUUGUUGGUCACCGUCAUAUCCUCCAUCUACAGACAAAACAGACACGUGGGAAAGAGAAAAACACUGUCUAGCAACUCGAUUGGCUCUUUGUGGAGUAGACUCGACCGUCGGCCAUUUCCAAUGCAGUGUGAUCUAGCAACUUUUUCCACCUUUUUUCUUUUUCAGUUUUUUUGAAGGAGUGCCAAGGAGUUAAAGGAAUAAUGUGUAGCUUUAGUACAUUCUGUGAUUUUUUUUUUAUUUUUUUUUUUCGGGCAACGUCUUCUUGAGUGACACACUCAUGGCUGCUGGUAAAUUGUUCUGUGCUUUUCUUUUGCCAUUCAAGCCAGAAAUGAGACACUCGGAGGGGAUUUGCGGCACUUGUGAUUCACACAUGUCAAAUGGCAAAAGACACAGGCUCCGGUCUGUCGUGCAGACAGUCUUCUGCAUGUGAUUGUACAUAUUUAGUGUAUCAUAAGUGAAAACAAACUAUUUCUUCUACUGUAAAUGUGUAAUUCUUCACUUCUUUUCUUUUUUUUUGGUUUUUGGUUAGUGCUCUCAGGACUCUAAACACAUAAAUGAAGGAAUGAUGGUGGUGAGGCGCUCCAUGGAUGUUGCUGGUGAGGAUUUGAGGGCCAUCAAGUUCUCCUCAGUUUUCCAGUCAGGUGGAUCUCUUUCACUCUUGCUUGGGUCCAGAUUCGAACAAGGGCACCAUAUUCCACAUUCUAGGCCUUCUUUGUUCAAAAUCCCUCCUCUUUCUUCAUCUUCUCCCUCACCCUUGUUUGUCUCGCUAACGUCAUGUUUGCUCGUGUUGCAUAACAAGCUAGAUAAGGUAAUGGAGGCGUGGGAACAGAAAGGGAACAUCACUUAGUUUUGUUACCUUUUCAUUGUCUUUAAUGAUUUAGUUAUUGAUCAGGAAAAACAAAUAACCACUAAAUGAAGCUUGUGAUGAUUCUACAUGUUCAGCUUUGAAAACAAGGGAAAGUGAAGCCUGCUGUGGUGUAGCUUAGUAGUGAGAGUGUAUCAUGUUGCAGAGUUCGCGUACACAAGUGUGGAAGUGAACUCACAAAUGACUUAAGUGUGGAUGUACAAAAAAAAUGUAAGAAAACAUUCUAUUAUUCUUCAAGAUAGUGACUGUAAGAACUUUUCAAUGUGGGCAUGCGGACACAUUUACUAAAUGUGACUAUUAAUUGAGCAAUGUUUGUAUGUCACUCAACACUAUUUACUUUGACAGGUGAUAAUGUUAGUAUUAAGUCAUGUGGAAGGAGCAAUGUAAGGCAGCAGUAUUGUCACACUAUUCACUAACAACUUCCUCUGUGUGUUCACUAGUGUCACAGGAGACAGUUUUCUCCUGCUCAGUCAAACCUCAUCGUAGACUCGAUCCCUGUCAGAGCUCAUGAGUGCAGGCCCCAGUGAGGGUUUACAUCAGCGUGCCAUUAAACUUUAUGCAGAUGAUGUUUGCGCACAGUUUUAAACACCUGUCAUGGUUUCUGGAGUCACUUUAAAAUGGAAGAAGUGAAGGAGAUGUGAUUAUUUUUGUUGUUUCACUUGUGUGUGUGUGUGUGUGUUGUCCCCUCCCCAGUGUAGCAAAUCAUGGGAUAAUUUCUGGAAUGACACUAAUUUGAAGGAUGUUAUAAAUCUGGUCAUGAUACAAUAAUAAUUGUGCAAAACCACGUGAUUCAUUCCAAACAAUUUGUGCAAACUAAGCACGGGAUUUUUUUAUUAUUAUAUAUUCAGUGAAAAUUUUUUUCUCUAUUCACUCUGACUUCAUUUUCCCCCCAGCAUCAUUAUUUUAAAUGCAUGCAAUACUAAUCUCAAGAAGUAUCUUACAACACUGUUCCGAUGGUUGUAAUAAUCACACGUGUGCUCUGAAGGGAACAUAAAGAUAUUGUGUGUCUCACAGUUGAUUAUUUAUUUCACGAGGCAGAAGAAUUAAACACAGGUCGGCUGUUGCUACAACUUCUCAUAUCUGUACAAAAAUGGAGCUCUUUUUAAAACGGUGUAGGCCGUCAGGCCGAGACAAUUUACAUGUAAAGUUGUACAGUACUUGGAAAAAUCCGAAUUUCAUUUGAAAAUGAAACUUACAUUUUGAUACAUCGGUUUCAUUUUUUGUAUUCUAAUUCCAGAGUAAAUUGUUCAAAGAUGUUCAUAUGUGACAAACUUUCCUCUAAGUUAUUUAUGUUCUUAUAUGUGCUAGUUGAACUGGAGUUUGCUAUGAUACUUUUUCUCCGCCAUCAUCAAUGGUAAAAACAAUUCAGUGUGAUGAAAGUCAAUGUUACAUUCUCAUUUUUAUCUUCGUUUUCCUGUGGCAUGGUUUGGGUAGAAGAGCAGAAGAAUAAUGCCUGUAAAUUUACUUUCUUUUUCAUUUCGUAGUCUUGGUAUAAAAAAAACAAAAAAAAACCCUUUUUAGAUAAACGUGCACUGAAAAUGUCCAAAUUGAGUUGAAACGUGGUAGGUGAUGUAGGCCGAAAGAACACAAGAUUAAAAAGUAAUACUACUGUCUGAUUUUAAUGUUCACUGUGUUUUAUACAGUAUCGGAAAUUUUUGUUCACUUUGAACAUUUUUACUAAAAAAAAAAAAAAAAUUCAAAUUGUAUUGUGCAAAGAGAUGUAAUUUUUGGAGUACUUGAAAUGCAUUAAUUAAAAGACUCAUUCAAAAAUAAAAUAGACCCCUGUUUACUGUCUGUGACGUGUACGCUCUUUGGGUUUUUUUUUUAUUGUUUGGUGCAAUUUUUAGUCGUGUGUGCUGAGGUGUUUUACACAGAGUGAAAUCAGAGGCGACACAAGAUUUAAAAUUUGUAACAGCGAGUGUUCCACACUGGUGUCAUCUCUGAAAGAUGUGGACAUGAGAAGGAUCGAAGGAAAAGAGUUAUUACUGGAAGUGUUGUUUUUUUCACUAACUGCAAUUAAAAGCCAGAAUACCUGCUGCAA